AGCUCAUAGAGUUCAACCUAGUGGUUCGGCUUUUGGUAUCUGAGCAUGGGCAGCUGCCGCGACGACAUGCCGAAUGUUUGAGGUUGGUCGACCCAGGAUCAUGGUAACACUAGACGCGUAGUUAUACCGCCGACAGGUUGAUGUCGCAGAUCGCGUCGGUAAUUCGACUGUAUCGGUCGAUGUGGCCACGCUGAUGUCUACAUUUAUUGCCCACCUCCUCGCUCCGAUGUUACAGCAACUGAUCUCCUUCACCACUGUGACUUUUGAUUGCAUCACUAUCCGAGACGCAAAAUUGCUAGCCAGAAAUACGAAACCAUGUCGAAAGAUCCGGAGAAGACAACCCGCGAGGAGAUUGAACAUGAGCUCCAUAUCGAGGUGGUGCCUGGCACCGAGGUCAUGGCGGAUGUUUUGAAGCAUCAUCUCAUCAAGAGCGAACAUUCUACAGUGGUUCUCGUCCCUCAACCAUCCCAGGAUCCGCACGAUCCUCUGAAUUGGAAAGCGUCUUGGAAGUGGUCUACAUUGGGCGCGGUCUCUUUGAUGACCUUCUCGCAAGGCUUUGCCCCAUUGUCACUUGCGUCUAUGUUUCCAUACCUCAUCCGAGACUACAACAGCAAUCUUGAGGACGUCAUUCAGUUCACGGGAGUCACAAUUUUGUUACUUGGCUUCAGCAACUUUAUCUGGGCUCCAAUUUCUUCCUCAUUCGGUCGACGCCCCGUCUUUAUUGUUUCUCAGCUAGUCUGCCUUGCAUCCCAUGUCCUUCGAGCGAAAGCUACAACAUAUAGCUCGUUCAUGGGUGCUUGCGUACUCAACGGUAUCGGCGCUGGCCCUUCGGAGACUCUGCAACCGCAAGUCAUUGCUGAUAUUUACUUUCUGCAUGAUCGUGGCCGCUGGAAUACGCUAUACUGGGUUGUGUAUAUGGGAUCUUUGAUGAUUGCACCAGUUGUUGCGGGCCCGAUGGCGGAUCAUGUUGGAUGGCAGAACUUUUGGUGGCUCAACGUUGCGCUUACGGCCGCCUCCAUUGUCUAUGCCUUCUUUGGCUUCCCAGAGACAAGAUGGCUUCGUUCUCAGCCAGCCCAAGACGCUGUCACGAUUGAGGUUGCCGAGGAGACAUUGAACCAAACUCGAACAACAGACAUGGACCCGUACCUUGGCAAGGGAACACCCUCGAAACAGCAGUGGUACCUGUUCCAGCGCAACUCUUCGCCCCUCAAGACCAUUUGGUUCGACCUCUGGACUCCCUGGAAGCUCUUUGGAUUCCCCAUUGUGGUAUUUGCGUCGUUUGUUGUGAGCUGGAGCUGCAGCAACUUCCUCAUUCUUAACCUCACGCAGUCUCAAGUCUUCGCUGCACCCCCUUAUAACAUGAGUUCGCAGUCCAUUGGCUUUACCAACCUAGCUGUUCUUGUCGGUGCGCUGAUCGGACUAGUCACCGCUGGCCCCUUCAGUGAUUGGGUAUCCGCACGUGCGACGGCUCGAAACAACGGCAUCCGCGAGCCUGAGAUGCGUCUCCCCGCCAUGAUUCCCUUCGUCAUAAUCAUGGUGUUUGGCAACAUUAUCACGGCGGUUGGGUAUCAGAAUCACUGGUCCUGGCCUAUCAUUGUAGUCCUCGGCUACGCAAGCGCGGGCAUUCAGGUAGCUGCUUUACCCAGUAUUGCUAGCACCUACGCCAUCGACUGCUACAAGCCAGUGACUGGUCCUCUUAUGGUUGCCAUCACGGUUAACAAGAACGUUUGGGGAUACGGCAUGGGCAAAUUCAUCACCCCUUGGACGAUCGAGGCAGGUUUUAUACCGGCCUUCAUGACCAACAUGGCGUUGACCGUGUUUUUCUGUGCUUGUGGAGCAAUAUUUUACUACUACGGAAAGACGUUCCGUAGGUGGACUAGGAACAGCACCGUUCACAACUUGUAGAAGAUGAAGGAUCUCUGCUAGAAAUCGUGACCUGAGCUAGGCUCUAGAGACUAUAGUUGUCAAUAAGAAGCUGCAUGGCGAAGAUUUGCAGAUUACCAAGUU